ACCAUAAUAUUUCAUUUACCCCUCCAAAUAUAUGCCUAUUUAAACCGGAUAUAACACAACUCUUCUCCACACCUCAAGAGUAAAAUGGAAGCAAACACUCUGUUCUCUCUAAAAGCUCUUCUUCUUCUCUGUUUUAAUGUAUGUUUCACGUUAGCUUCAGACCCCGAUCCCAUCCAAGACUUCUGUAUACCAAAACCUAUUACAUCUCCUCAUCAUGACCAUCACUUCUCCACCAAUCUCCCUUGCAAAAAUUCCUCCGAAGUAACCACCGAAGAUUUUGUCUUUUCCGGUCUUAAAACCGCUGGAAUCUUUACCGAGACAGGGUUCGCCACCGUCCCUGUAAGCCCGGCAAACUUUCCGGGCCUUAACACAUUAGGCUUGUCAUUUGUCCGGGCUGACCUCAAACCGGGAUCCAUAAACCCGCCGCAUUACCAUCCACGGGCCACAGAAGUAGCUCACUUGGUUAAAGGACGGAUUUACUCCGGUUUUGUGGACUCGAACAAUAAGGUUUACGCCAAAGUAAUGGAAGAAGGAGAAAUGAUGGUUUACCCAAAAGGGCUUGUACAUUUUCAGAUGAACGUCGGAGAUGUUACGGCCACGAUUCUCGCCGGACUAAAUAGUCAAAGCCCUGGCAUUCAGAAGAUACCGUCGGUGGUUUUUGGGUCAGGGAUCAACGAGGAGUUGCUUAUGAAAGCUUUUGGGUUGAGUCUUAAGCAGAUUGGUACGUUGAAGAAAAGAUUUGAUCCUGUCAUGUCUAAUGAACAUUGAUGUUUUCUCUUGAGGAGAUUAUCAUAUCGAAACUUUGAAGUUAUUUAUCUUUGUGUGA